AUGCGCGAGUUGGUGCACAUCCAGGGUGGCCAGUGCGGCAACCAGAUCGGGGCAAAGUUCUGGGAAGUAAUCUCUGAUGAACAUGGUAUAGAUCCUACAGGCACUUAUCAUGGAGAUUCCGACCUCCAGCUCGAGCGCAUCAACGUCUACUACAAUGAGGCCACAGGGGGCCGUUAUGUUCCGCGCGCCGUGCUGAUGGAUUUGGAGCCAGGCACCAUGGACAGCGUCCGUGCUGGACCUUUUGGCCAGCUUUUCCGUCCGGACAACUUCCGGUGGCGGAUUUGGUCAGACUGGCGCAGGUAA